CCUGCCAGCAGAGUCGCUUCGAUUUCGAGGUUGUCCAACUCAUCGAUUGACCGAGGCUAUCUUUCGUACAAUGAUCCAAAUACCUUCACCUGGUGGCUAUGACAAGCUAGUGUAUGAGCCGCUAUCAGAUGAUGGGUAUACAGAAGGUGCAAACAUCAAACUUGAAGACAUUGACGAGGAAGAUCUCGUCACUAUCAAAACGUACGCUUGCGGUGUGAACUAUGCCGAUGUGUGUAUUCGCUGGGGCCUGUACGAGUCAGCAAAGAAAUUCGUCGGCUGGCCGAUCACUCCCGGAUUUGAAUUUAGUGGUCAGGUGGAAAGAAAGGGCAAGAAUGUGAAAGAAUAUGAGAUCGGUCAAAAGGUUUUCGGCGUGUCCCUUUUUGGAGGUUACACCGAGAGAAUUAGGGUUCCAAAACACCAGAUUUUUCCGCUGCCGGACAAUUUGGACAGGUACGAAGCAGCAGGAUUUCCAACAGUGGCUAUAACUGCUUGGUAUGGAAUGUUUGAACAGGCCAGACCAAGGCCUGGGAGCUGGGUACUAGUUCACUCUGCAGCUGGAGGGGUGGGAAGUAUGCUGGUACAGCUUGCAAAGAUCCAUGGUUGUCACGUGGUGGGCGUGGUUGGUGCAAGUUAUAAAGUUGAUCUUGUCAAGAAUUUAGGUAAAUUAAUCUGUUCAUGUUGAAACUUCGCCUAGCCCUCAUCAUCGUACAAGCAUGUCAUGUCAUUCAUUCGUAUGGUGUGUUAAUCGCAAAUCCUAAAUUCUGAUCGGGGAAUCCAGUAUUCUGAUUGUCCAUAUACUUGAUCACUUAUAGAGAGUGAGUAUUCUUGUACAGAAAUAUAGAAGUGGUGAAUGAUUAAAUCCAGUACAUGCGAAGACAAAAAGAUUCUUGUUUGAAAAUCUGAGACUCAAAAACUUUGAAAGGGUCAGUUUAUGACAUCAACUCUGUUACACUUGAUCAAACUGAAUUAUUUUUUCCUUUGUGCAUGACCAGGUUGUGACCAUGUCAUUGACAAAUCCAAGAAUGAUCUCUGGAAAACUGCAGAGUCUUUUUGUCCAAAGGGUUAUCAAGUUGUGUUUGAUGCAAAUGGUGUGGCCACUUUACAGGAAAGCUAUAAUCAUGUGGCCUCAGGAGGCCGACUGGUUAUCUAUGGUGAGAGCUUUUGUUAAAUUAUAGUUUCCUUGCCUAAUAAUUAUUAAGGUGCACUGCAGUAUGAAGCACCCAUUACUGUUUCUUCUCUUCUUAAAUGAUGCAAUUUGCAAGUACAGGGUUUUUUCCCAGAAGCAUAAUCACAGGAUUACAGAGAUGCCAACCUCUGGAGAUCUAAAAUCUGGAGACUCUCUUUCUUUCACUGCCCUCGGAAUUUCAACAACACAUGCUCAGGACAUAAAACAAAUUUUGAUGACUGGGUCGCUUUGUGUUAAAGGGGAGGGGGGAUAGGUGGUUGAUAUUGGGAGUGUUUCAAAAGAGACAGUCUCCAGAUGUUAGAUCCCCAGACAUUGGCAUCUCUGAUACACCUGGGUGAAGUGGCAGAAAGUAGAGUAUCUGAAGUUAUGGAUUGGUAUGGUAUUAUGAAUUAUUUUUUUCGGCAGGUUUUCACACAAUGCUUCCUAAAUCCAGUGAAAGUGCUAGUGGUGCUAUAAGCGUGUGGCAGUGGGUAAAGAUGGGAUGGAACUACAAAUCAACACCGGCAUUCAACCCUCUUCAGGUAUUCCUGCUAACUUUCACAUGCUUGCCAGGAAUUUUUGAUAUUGGAGAUUGGGAAGUCAAACUGCAAAUCAUCUCCACUACUUCUCACUAUCAUAGAUUUUAAUAUAACAAAGAGAUUCCUCGCAGUGCCUGUAGUGCCUUGCUUUGCCAGUAAAAUCAAGAUGCUGGCAAAUUUACUGUCAAUUCUGUCAUUCUGCCAAAUUCAACAGCAUUUUUCACUAAACUGGGCAUUUGUGUCGGUUAACUUUCAUUGGCUGUUCUUCACCCAUUCUGCCCUUUGCCUUGUUUCCACCUGACAACUUUUCAAUGAGAUGGGUGUAUGUCUUUCUUCUACAUGGCGAUUCAUAGCUGUGGCACCAAAAUGUAAGGUUUUUUGAAUCCUUUUGGUGCACAGUUGAGUAUAGACUUUAGCCAGUCAGUGGCCUGCAAGUAAGCUCUCUUGGGGACCCUUGUGGCUUCCCCUCUUUCCUUACCCACCCCCAUACCCUCAUGAGAGCUUGCUCACGGGCUAGCCAUUUGGGUCUGUAAUAAGUAAGGAAUUGUACUGUCUGGAAACAGUGGUCUGGAUUAGUCUGCAUGCAUUUGGUUAUAUUUCUUAUGGCAUGUAUUAGUCAAAAAUAGGGUCUCCAUUUAAAAUUUACAGCGUUUGUGUAUAAAGGGUUUUGUUUAUCAUUUGUCUCAGGAUUGUCACUUAGAUAUUUGUAGUCUUUACACUAGAGCCUAAAUAAGCUAAGAAAUAUUUCAAGACAAGUAAAUUUUAAUUACUUCAAGUAAAAUGAAGCUUCGCACACAACCGAUUCUUUUUUACUUCAGGUUAACUUAAGGCUAUUUUCCCAUGCACCAUAAUUAAGAUUGAUUGACAUGUUUCACUUUUCUCAAAGCUCAAGAAACCGCAAGUAUAACCACAAGUCAGUUAAGUCAGUUUUAAGGAUGGUUUUCAAGUCGCUUUAAACUUUCUUGAAUCGUUUCAACUUUCCAAAUUUAAUGAGAUGCAAAGUAAAGUUACUUGAGAUUUUACUUAGGCCUUCGCACACGAAUUUGUGGUUAAGUAAAACUUAGCAGCUCUCAAGUCUUACUUAACAGCCUAGUGUAAAGACAACCAUUGAUUACAACAUUUCAACUGCAUACUGUAGGUAAGUUCAUUAGUCGAUAGUGUCCACCAUGGUUGUUAGUGAUAAUUCCACUCAAAGUAUCGUCCCUCUCCAUCCUUUCAGUCCUUAUGUGUUGGUGAUGAGAGCGUGGCUGCCUCUCAGUCGGCUAGGAGUCUUGGUGUUAUCUUUGAUGAGCACAUGUCUUUUCAUGCACGUGUCUAGCAUCUGUAGAUCAUCAUUUUUAUCAUCUCAGGAACCUACCAGUAUCUAGAAUUAGGAAGUAUUUUACUAAAGAAUCAGCAGAAGUUGCUGUUCAUGCAUUUGUCACAUCGAAACUAGAUUACUAGAUUACUAUAUGGCCUACCUAAGUAUCAGUUACAAAGAUUGCAGUAUGUACAAAACACGGUGGCUAGAGUUGUGUUGCAAGUGAGUAAGUUUCAGCAUAUCACACCUGUUUUGUGUGAGCUUCACUGGCUACCGAUUCUAUAUUGAUUAUUUUCAAGAUUCUGCUCCUCGUGUAUAAAUCACUGAAUGGGACAUCGCCUAGCUAUUUAGCUCAGAAACUGUAUUAUUGUUCUCCAACUAGAUCAUUGAGGUCUGUUAGUAAUGAACUUUUAAUGCAACCUAGAUCGUGUACCAAGAUCUACGGAGAUAGAGCAUUCGCUGUUCAUGCACCAAGAGAAUAAUAAUACCCUAUGAAAACUAAUAAUAAUACCCUAUGAAAUUCGGAAGCCAACACCAUCGCGAGUUUUAAAAGAUCACUUAAGACGUACUUGUUUACUAAAUUCAGUAAUAACGGAUCAUUGUUUUUAUAGAUUUGUGUAUAUUCCGUUAGUUUUAAUUUCUCCCUUUUUUUAUCAUUGUGAAUAAGAUGGUUUAGUAGUUGCUUUAGUUUUAAUUUUUUCCUUUUUUACUCAUUGUAAAUAUAAUAGGAUAUGGUUGUAAAUUUGUCAAUAUUUUUCAAUAAUGUUGUUUACAUGACUGUAAAGCGCCUUGAACAUAGGAUAAGAGCGCUAUAGAAAUAAAGUUAUUAUUAUUAUUAUUAUUAUUAUUAUUAUUAUUAUUAUUUUUAAAUCUUGAAUUAGUUUUUAUUAUUAUUUUUAAUUAUUGUAUCGAAACGAACCUUUCUCGAAAGGGGUGGCGGGUUUUUUUUGAUAAAAAUUUUUUGUUAUUUGUCAAUAAAAGAUUUCGUCUCUUUAGAUGACUAAUGAGAACGAAAAAGGGUGGCGGGUUUUGAUCAAAAUUAUUUGUAUUUGUCUUUCGUCUCUUUAGAUGACUAAUGAGAACAAAAGUGUCAUGGCGUUCAACCUCAGCUUUCUCUUUGAUCAGCGAGAAAUGCUCAAGGAAAGUAUGGCACAACUUCUUGGCUGGGUGAAAGAAGGCCGGCUGAAAGUCACCAAGGUUACAAAGUAUCCACUGAAGGAGGCAGGAAGGGCGCAUAAGGAUUUAGAAUCAGGGCAGACAAUGGGAAAACUUGUUCUCACUAUGGACGAGUUUGAGCUCAAGAUGAGUGAAGGAGGUGGAGACAAAAACUGACCUGGCAUCAAACUGAUUUACAAUAAUAAGCACAAGAAUAAUGAGUGGAUUCUUAAUUUCUUGAGUAGUAGAAGAGGCGGAGAAACUUGUGAGACGCUGAAAAUCGCCUCCCGCGAGAAGAUGCAACGUGCGGGAGCGCCUUUCUGUACUCUUACAAAUCCCCUGCGCUUGUUUAUCUUUGAGAAAGAAUGCUUG